UCGCAAGCUCCAAACAACCGUCAGUUCGUGAAAUCGUCAGCCAGUAUAAAAUAUAUAGACUGGAAAUCUCACGGUUAGUGCUACACAUGGAGGAUGAUAUAAUAUUAUAAAAAUAAGUUUUCGAACAGUGAAUCAUAUAAGGAAGCUUAGCAUUUGCAGAUGAAAAAUAUUUUUUAAAAUGUUUUCCAGUAUUCCCAGGUCGUUGUUGUGCUGCUCCAACGCAAUAGUCCCGAAUCGGGCUCUAGCGUUAGCAUUAACGAAAUGUCCAGCAUUCUUAGAUCCCGCAUCGCAAUGUCGGAACUACCACGAGGUGACCGGCAACAUUAUAUGCCCCAACAUGGUGAGGGGUAUCGAUCAUCUCAGAGACCCUCGCCUUAACAAGGGUCUUGCAUUUACACUAGAAGAGCGUCAAGCCCUUGGUAUUCAUGGUCUCUUAGCAGCCAAGUUUAAAUCGCAAGAGGAACAACUGGAUAUUUGCAGAAUAUCAAUCGAUAGAUAUGAGGACAAUCUGAACAAAUAUCUUUACCUCGUCGAGUUACAGGACAGAAAUGAAAAGUUAUUCUUCCGACUUUUGUCGGAAAACGUCGAAAAGUAUUUGCCAAUCGUUUACACACCCACCGUGGGCUUGGCCUGCCAAAGAUUCGGUCUCAUUUAUAGAAGGCCUAGAGGUCUUUUCAUCACCAUCAAUGAUAAGGGACAUAUAUUUAACAUUCUCAAAAAUUGGCCUGAACCUGACGUUCGCGCUAUAGUAUUCACGGACGGGGAACGUAUUCUGGGCCUGGGAGACUUGGGUGCAUAUGGAAUGGGUAUACCUGUGGGUAAACUCUCUUUAUACACAGCUCUGGCUGGUAUAAAACCACAUCAAUGUCUUCCUAUUACACUGGACGUGGGAACUGAUAACCAGGAUUUACUUGAAGACCCACUUUACAUCGGAUUGCGUCAAAAGAGAGUGAGGGGUAAAGAAUAUGACGAAUUCAUUGACGAAUUUAUGGAAGCGUGUGUUCAAAGAUACGGACAAAACACACUAUUACAAUUUGAGGAUUUCGCGCUCGGUAACGCGGGUCGUCUCCUUGCGAAGUACAGAAACAAGUAUUGCACGUUCAAUGACGAUAUCCAAGGAACCGCCAGCGUGGCCGUAGCGGGUCUGAUGGCAGCCGUCAGGCUCACUAAGAGGAAACUCAGCGAAAACAUCUAUUUCUUCCUCGGAGCUGGAUCUGCUGCAAACGGUAUAGCGAACCUAACUGUUGCCGCGAUGGUAUCUGAAGGUUUGACUGAGAAGCAAGCUCAAGAACGAGUCUACAUGUUCGAUAUUGACGGGCUUUUGUCAACGAGACGAGAAGGCGGCGUUCCUCCUCAUGCGAAGGUCUUCGGAAAGGACGUCGAGCCCGAGAAGGACUUCGAGAAGUGUAUUGCAAAGAUUAAACCUAGCUGCCUUAUUGGUUGUUCUACGGUGGGUGGUGCGUUUACUCCGAACGUAUUGAAGCAAAUGGCGCAGAACAUCGAGCGACCGGUUAUCUUCGCACUCUCCAACCCCACCAGUAAAGCCGAAUGUACCGCUCAGGCAGCCUACGACCAUACUGAAGGUCGCUGCAUUUUCGCAUCGGGCUCCCCGUUCCCCCCCGUGCAGUAUGACGGUAAGGAGUACCUAACGGGUCAAGGGAACAACUCGUACAUCUUCCCCGGAGUGGCUCUCGGGGUCAUCGCGACCGCUACCCACCACAUACCCGAGACCAUGUUCCUGACUGCUGCCAGGACUCUAGCUAACUAUGUUAGUGCAUCUGAUCUGGCGCUUGGUCGCAUUUAUCCAUCGCUCGCUGAAGUAAAGGAAGUUUCACUCGCAAUUGCAAUAGAGGUCGCCAAGAUGGCUUACGACGAAGGUCUCGCUUCAGUUUAUCCCGAGCCGAAGAACUUAGCUAAGCAUGUCGAGAACCAGAUGUAUAACUACAACUACGAAAGCUCCAUGCCCAUCGUAUGGGAAUGGAAACCAGAAGAGAAGUUCAACGUUAGACCCAUACAACCAGUACCCAAAAAUAUUUAAUCAGUAUUAAUUUUUUAUUUAUUCAAAGCAUUUUGGACAGCUAGGUUGAAUGUUUUUUUUUAAAUUUCAUACACAAUAAUAUUACCUCCUUAAUAGAUAAUUUUUAAGGUUUUAUGAAAAGAGGUUGUACAAGUCAAGCUAUUAUAAUGAUUCUAGAGUAAUCAUUCAUUAUAAGGAGAGUUAUUAUAUAAAUAAGAAAAAAAUAUCCAGUGAGUAAAAUUGUAGAAACCAUAAAACAAUAUUACUAAAAUUUCCAUCACCAGACCAUGCACGGAUAAAUGUUCUAGAAUUAAUAUAAUAACAUGAUUUGAUUGAUGCGACAGUGAAAAACUAUGCUUCUAAAGCAGCUGUAUUAACUUUAUCUUUUAAAGAUCAAAGAGUAUUUAUUAAAUUUAAUUGACACAUAUUUUAAAUUUUUAACAAAAUUUUUGUCGAUGUCUAUAAAAAAAAUAAACUAUUUAAAGUAGUUUGUAGCCAUAGUUACUCUAUAAUAUUGAUUGUAUGUAUGUUUGUGCUAGUAGAUGUAGUACCGUUAUUUGUGCAACGUAUAUGUGGCCAUUAUUGCUUGAGCCCGUUUACGAAUAAUACCAUCUCGGUUAUAUUAGAUCUGUUUCGUUCAAAAAUACUUUGAGAUAUUUUUUUUUUAUACGCAAUUAAGUAAAUUAUUAAUAUAUCUUUUUCGUUUUUUAAAUUUAACACAAGUUUUUGAAUGAUUAUUUUUAGUUACAUUAUGUAAAUUCUUUGCCCCUGUAUUUUUGAGUAUUAUGUCAUUUCUGUACGGAAUUCAAAGUCUAGUCACCGCAGCAUUACGUCAUCUAUUAUACUUAAAUUCUUACUAUUAAUAUUAAAAUAACAUAAAAGACAUGUAGGGACAUUAUUUGUAAGAAAAUGUAGAUCAAUAUUUUAUUUAUGUAUUAUCAACUUUUAUCUACGUAUAUAUUAGGCCCUAAAUCGAUUCAUUCGACCACGAAGUGAGACGUAUUAUAAUUAUAAUUAUUUACUUAAAAUGUAUGUGACAUUACAAAAAUAGUUAAAAAUGUUUAACUAACUUUGACGAAUGCUUUAUAUCAUGAGCUAUAUACUUCGACUGGGAAUAAAGUAUACGUUUUCGUUCAGUAUUUUAAGAUAGUGAGAAGUUUUAUUUUCGCCGAGCGAAAAUUUUUUUUAUUAAUUUAUUUUGAUUCAAGUUUUGUGUCAAUUUAUGUUAAAACAGGUAUCUUUGGAUACGAAGUGAUUAUGUUGCUGUGAGGUGUAUGUGGGUUUUGAACUAACUACCCGUGUUUAAUAUUUAAAUUAAUUUGUUGGUUGUGCUUGUUCGUUCUGUUAAUGUUUAUCAUGGUUUUCUUCUUGAUUUCGAGCUAAUCGUUUUCGUGAUGGAUAAUAAAAUUUGAAUAUAGUGCAGUUCAAUAGAAUUUGUAUAAAAUAAAAGUUGAGUUUUUUCAACGGAAAAACAAUUAGCUUAAAAUAAAUUUUAAAUUUAUUGUUAAAUAAUAAUAUUGAGUAAUGACAACAGAAUAAUCUAUUGUUCACAAUAUUUGUAACAAUUACAUAUAUUUUUAAACAAGGGAAAAUGUACAAAGGCUUUUGAGGGUUUGAUUCAACAUAACAUUUUUCUAUGUUUGAAGUAUAAUGAUUAUUUCUUAUUUAUAUUUGUAUGAAUUCUAUUGAUAUGAACUAUGUAAAUACUUUACAGUUCGAGAAUGUGUUGCUUUAUUCGUUAUAAAAUAUUCUAACUUUUGAAAACCACACUUAUUGAUGUUACGCACUAUUGGCAAAGCAAUAAUCCCUUCGGAUUAUAAAAUGUUAUAAUAUUAAGAAAAAAUUAACGAGGUCUUUAAAGGUAGUUAAAUAGAAAUCAUAGUAAAAAGUUUGAUGAAUAUAUAUAAGUGUGGUUGUAUAUAUUAUAAUCAACUGUUUGAAGUGCCGUAUUACACAUUACUAAUAUAAUGCGUGAUUGCAUGUAGUUUGCUGUAAGUUUUGAUAAGCUUUCUUCACCGUAUUUCACUUUUAAGACGAGUGUAUAUUAUUUAUUCAUGUACACGAUCAUGUAUUUAUUAUUUUUUGUUCGGCUUAAUCAAUGUUGGUGUGUUCCGGUAAUUGUUGUCUAAGGUCGAAUAAUGAUUCGAGUGACGUACGCCUUACGACAAUUGUAGUAUGACAUGGGUUCUGUAUUAAGUUCAGUCUACUUUGUCAAUUUAUUUUCAAUUUAGUAACUUCAUGGAAUACAAGGCGUUUAUGUGUUUGUUCUCUAGAAUAUAAAUUGUUCAAUUAUAAUGAAUGGAUGUUACUAAUUAAAAAAUGUUCAAAACCUUA